AUGCAAAGCUUAUAUUCAACAGAUUCUUUCAAUUUUGAAAAAGUGCUUGAACCAGACUAUUUGACAAUUGAAGAUUGUGUAAAUUAUUCCAAAUUUUGGAACACUUUAAAUUUCAAGGAUAUGCCUGGAGAGCGAGAACAAGGUAAACAUGAAAUUAAAGCUGAAGUCUUGAAUUUACAACACUAUCACAAAGGUACAGUAGUUAAAUGGUGUUUCCCCUUCAGAGUAAUAGAUAAAAAACGAUCAUUUUUAGACUUAAGUAAAGUAUCAGAUACUAUAUCAUGGACCAACACUAAAAUAGAAAUGUUCAACAAAACUCAUGAUCCAAAUCCAGAGAAUUUUGAACCGGAACUGUUAUACAGUUCAAGUUUAUUAGUUGGUGACAAUUUCAUGCAACUUGCAAAUUCUAAUAUUGUUAAUCGAAUACAUGGUGGGAUCGUCGACUGUGAACUGUUCGAUUUUUUUGAUGAUCCGACUCCUCAAUACCAUUACCAAAAUUUACUUUUAGUAAUACAAAGAGAUGGUACUUUGUUUUCCGUCAUGCCACAACUUUAUGCAUAUCCAUUAAAAGAAACUGAUUUAAAAAAGGUUAAUAUUAAGACAAAACAUGCUAAGAAGGCUCACAAUACAGGUUCCAGUGACACCUCUCACACUAUCAGCACUAACAGUAACAGUCGUAACAAUGCACAUGAUUAUAUUACAGAUCAGAUAGAUAUUACAAAUUUGCUCAAUAAUAAUAAUGUUAAUUAUAAUGAUAUCCUUACACAUGACGUUACUGGUAACGUAAGCUUUAAUGAUACAGAAUAUGCCACUAACAAUAACAAUAAAAUAACCAAUGAUACCACAAAUAAUAUAGCUACUGCUAAUAAUGAUAACUUUGAAGAUGCGAACCUAAACGAUAAUAACAUUAUUCAAGAAAGUGAUAAUACUAAUGAUAUUUAUGUUAUUAGAGACCGUGUUAUCCAUAAUUUUAAUAAUAAUAGUUCAUCUUUUUCUUGGCAUUUAAAUUGCUAUGAUAAUAGAGAAGAUCUUCAAGACAGUGGUGAUAAUAUAAACAGUGAUAAUGUUUGUUAUCAAGGAGAUAAUUAUUAUAGUCAUUAUGAUAAUGACAAUAACUCCGCUGAUGAAGAUGAAAAUAACGAGAGUGAAGAUAAUGCUGAUUACAAGCAUCCUUUGAAUAGCGAUAACUAUACAGAUCUUCUAAAUUCACAAAAAUGUACAAAAAAAGCCGAAUCUAAAGCUAUGUUGCGUAACAUAAGACAGCAUCCAGAUAUUAAAUAUUUCACAAAUAUGUAUCCAAGUAACAACUGGAAGAUAAUUAAAAAUCCAAAGAAUAAUAAACAUUUCAUAUUAGCUGAUUUAAAAUUAGGUGUUCUUAAUUUUUUUAACUUUAAAGAUGUUUUCUAUCAGUUUGAAUUAAUUGAAACAAUCUCAUUUCAUAACAAUCAAAUUAGGUCAUGCUAUUUUUUACCUACUUCAGGCAAUAAAUUAUUCAUUUCCACCGUCGUUGCAAGUAGAAUGGUUCAUUAUUUUGUUGAAUGGGAAAGGAAUUCCCCAAAACAAGUUUAUAAGUUGAAACAUUUAGCUACAUACAACGUUAGAAAUUCUAUCCCUAUAGGCCUGGACAAUAUUCUAUUAUGUUCAGAUAAUAAAAGUUUAUUAAUAACUACAAAACAAAUUAUAUGUGGUGAUACAAAUUACGUAGAAUAUGACAAUAAUAUAAUCCAGGGUAUUAGAUCGUGGUUUGAUGACCCAAUCAUAACAAAGAAAUUGAUAAAUAUUAUAAACAAGAAAAACGUAUUACCAACACCGUUGAAUAAUGACGAUCAGUGUACUAUUGUGCUUACAGGUACUUCUGUUCUUUAUGCAAUUUUUGUUUCUGGUAUUGAUAAAAAACUUUACAAUUUUUCUUUGGGUCGUUUUAAACAACUUAGAUCUAUUUACUCUGAUAAACAACAAAAUGAUGCUAAGAAUGAUUCACAUAUGAUAAUUGCAUUAAUAUUCAAUAGAACAGUUCGGUUAGAGUUAGAUCUCCACAAUAUUGAACUUGUCCCAGUAUCAUCCAAGAGAUUUACAAAUAGAAAACUCACAGAAGAUAGAACAACUAUUAGUUCUAACAGCGACGAAAACAAUAACACAAUCACUCAUGUGACUUCUAAAAACGAAGUAAUUUUAUCAGGUAGUUCAUCAAUAACCCAGUUGUCAGGAAGUUCGGUUAUUCCAAUUAGAGAAUCAAAAACUAUUGGUCGAUUUAAAAAAAGUUUCAGAAAUUAUAAUUGCAUAAAGAUUGUUAAUAAGAUUGAUAAAAAUAAAGAAAAAAACUUAUACUUAAAUGCAACAAGAAACAAAGAAGUUAGUAAUUAUUUUAAAUUUAAUAACGUUGAGCAAAUUUUUGAGGCUCAAAGUGAUAUUGAACAUGAAGCUGAUUGUCUAUUUACAAAGAAUUAUGAUACACAUAUUUUAAAAGUUACAAAACAUGAAGUAAUAUGCAUUCAAGAUAAGUCUAGAACCACACUAUUCUCUUCUGAUUUUCCUAUAGAUGGCAUGUGUUCUCUCUAUGAUAAAAUGAUAUUAUGGAACCUUUCCCAUAAAAAGAUAUGGUUCUUUUAUAAUACAGAUAGCAUCAAUCAGAUAAAAUGGAAAGCAAAUGAAGAAUUUCAUGAUAUCAUAAAACAUGAAACAGAGUUCUCUUUCUUUUUGUACUACAAUCGUUUUACUCCUAAAUUGAUAAACAUUGUUGUAUUUACACCGAAAUAUCUAAUAGUACAAUAUUGGCAAAAUGAUCCAAUUCAAAAUUGGAUAGAUAAAGUUAAUAACAACCAAAGAAUUAUUUACACAGGAAAAUUUAACUCUUUUACAGUUUUACAAAAUGGUUUAUUUUGUGUUAAAACCUAUAAAGAAAUGUUUUCAUGUCUUUUAUAUGGGAAUGAUUUAAGAUCCGGGAAAGCAACUAUGAUUGAUCACGAGUUAUUAAAUUGUAAUGAGUUUGAUAUAGAUUUAAUCAUUAAACCCCUACAUGCUAAUUAUGGUAUUGCUAUAAUUUGUCCAGAUAAUCUGUAUCUUAUUACUUGUAAUGAGAGAAUAUCUUUUACUGAUAAACCUAUACAAGACACUUAUUCAUAUGAUUACUGGAAUCAUCAUAUCAUUAGUUUAGAAGAAGUCAAGUUACCUACCAUAGACUCAUAUAAAAAAUCCUAUCUUUUAGAUGUGGAAAUAUAUGAAAGUGGUAAGAAAAAGAUAAUGUGUCUAUUGUAUGACACAGGACUACAAUGUAUCGAGACAUUAUACCUUACAUGGAAUAAAUACACUUAUCUUUUACAAAACACAAGAAGUAAGAAUAAAUUAUUUACAAACCUUGAAAAUUUAAAUAGAAUAUUAGUCACUAACUGUGAUACUAAUGAGUGGUAUUUAUUAAAUAUUCGAACUGGUAAGAUUAAAAUAUUAAACAACGAAGUACUAAACGUUUCAGACGGAAAAAUACGGAACGUAUUACAAUAUCCUAUUAGUGAUGAUAGUAAUAAUAUUAAUAAAACAAAGUAUUGCUCAUUAUUAGUUAUGUUUGAUACAAUGAUUAAACAUAUUAAACUAAAUGUCAUUAAAAAUGAUACCAAAGUAAUUGAGAUGUGUAAACAUUCAUUCAACGGUUUCUUACACCGUGAAUAUAGUAUUUAUGCAAAUACAGUAACUUUAUUAGAAAGAGAAAUUGACAAAGAAAUAUUUCAUAAAAUAAGAGUUAAUGCAAAUGAUGGAUCCAUUGAAUUUCUUCAUCAGUUUUCUUUGAAAAUGAAAUCUCCCACGAAACAUUUUAUUACUGGUUUAAAUUAUAUAGUACUUUCAGGUGAAUCUGAAAAUAGACCCUUAUUCGUUAUAAUAUAUCACAUAUAUAACGUGUCUGGAGCUUUAACAGAGAAGUUUUUACUUGAUAAUACCUUAAUUGAAAAUUUAAAAUACCCUUCAAUCUACAAACUACUAAAAAUUGCUAAUGACAUGCUAUUGGUAAUCUAUGAAGAUGAUGAAGACAACGAUGUUAGAUCAAAAUUAGACAUCAUCAAAUUGACAGACAAUAUAAUGCACAGAUCAAAGAAAGAACAACGAAAAUUGUUUUAUUCAGAUGUAUUAAAAAGUUAUGAUGAUCCUGAUGUAGUCUGUUUCUGGAGUUACAUGGUCAAUUCGUGGUACCUGUAUAUUACAAGCUUCUGUGGUGAGGAUAGUGCCAAAAGGUCAUAUCUCUAUACAGAUCAUAUUCAAUUACCAUUGUUUGGAUAUGGACCUCACUUCAAAAGAACAUCUAUAUCACUUGAUAAGAAAGUUUUAGAUGCGAAAUAUGUGAAUAACCGAUUAUUUGUCCUUUGCCAUGAUCAGACUGUUUUGCAAUUUGGUCCUAAUGAAGAUUUAUUUGAUUCUAAGCGUGGUGUUCUUACUAUCGAGCAAAAUAACAAAGAUGAAUCACCAUUUACUAAAAACUAUGGUUAUGUAAGUCCUGAUAGCGAUUUAGAUGUAAAUAAUAUAGAGAUUCUUUAUUCUAACAUGGAUUUUUCAAGUAUUGAUCCAUGGGGAAGACUAAUACUAAGACAUGAACCAUAA